AUGACGAACCAAUGCUAUUUCACCGUUGAGUCUGAGAACGUUGAGGGCCAAGAGAAAAAAGUUGUGGCGAAGAGAAGUGGAGUCAUUUCAUCCAUCCUUUGUCGAAUUUCACAGUUUUGGCCAGUCAGUUUUACUAUACGAGCUUUCCGUGGCUUAUGGUGGCUGUUUGGGUUCUCCACGCCAGUUAAGGCCGUCUCGCUACCCACUGAGGAGAAAGGUUCCUCUAAAGAAAGACAUUGCAGAACAGUUCGGAAGCGUCUCCACAGGGCCACACGCCUGUUGUUGGCCAUCCUGCCCCGACGCAUCCAGGGCGCUUUAGGUUAUCCAGUCUGCACCAGUAUUGGCUCUGCUGUGUCCCCAGAAGUGCGUUGUUCCCCUACCAAGCCCUGUGGCAAAGGCAGUAAAAGAAAACAGGAUGACCUGGAUGAGGAAGACGAGGCAGAGCAGCAGUCCUGGGUGGAGGCGUUCACUCAGGAGCUGGCUGAGGAGGACCAUGCAGUUGAUCCGGAUUAUGAGCCCAGCGCGGUUGAGACAGACAGUGAAGAAUAUCGGUCACACAAUGACACAGAGAGCGACUUGGAAAUCGAGAAGGGUGUUGUGGUGAUCAAAGACCUGGAGACGGUAGGUACUCCAGAGGCCUAAUGAUGACUCCCAUAAUGUACUAAUGCUGGUAUGCAAUCAAGAAUAUGGCAUUUGUUGCAGAAUGUGUUUUCAUUCUCUGGCAUUGUCUUUUCCUGGCAGACUUUUUGGUUUCAUUCCAGUGCUUCCCAAAUUGCUUGUUCUGUUUUCAGUUUUUUUUUUUUUUUGUAUGUUUCCAUGUUAA